CAAAGCUCAUCAAUAAACUUGGAAACUGUUACAGAAUUCUCAGAGAAGCUGAAACUCACGAGCUAAACUGGUGCUUGAGCACGAAAUCUGCAGCAUACAGGGAAGGAGAUAUCAACAAAUUACUGUUUACUUUGGGGCAAUCCGAGUCCAGUUCUAAGGAGCCUGUGUGCUAAACACAGAAAUUUCAAGUGUAAACAAUGGCAUCCAAAGCCUCGUUCUCAAUCAUUCCAUGUGUAAAGCGAAAGGAGGAAAAGGAGGAAAGAAAGAGAUCAUUCUUGAAGAAUGGAAGCAUGUUACUAAAGGAUCUAAUUGCUACUUGUUCUUGUGAUGGAAAAUCUCAUCCUAUUCGUUGUUACUCUGCUGCUGAGAUCAUCAGAGCUGCCAACAACUAUCCUUCUUGCAUUAUAGAUAGAUCACCCUUCGCAGAGUUGUACAGGGGUAUUCUAGAUGACCGAACAGUUAUCAUUAAGAAGUACAGAGAUUGGGUCGACACUGACAGGGCUAUUCGUGAUAUUAUCAUAUCAAUGCAGAUGAGCUCCCAUAAGAAUUCCUUGAAAUUAUUAGGCUGCUGCUUAGAGUUCGAGAUGCCAGCUUUGGUGUUUGAAAAUGCAGGAAAAGGAGGUCUCAACUUUGAUGGAAGUUUAGUAGCGGAUAAUGAAUUAUUACCAUGGAAAACUAGACUGCGUAUUGCAAAGCAGCUUGCUAGUGCACUUACAUACCUACAUACUGCCUUUCCAAGGCCCAUCAUUCAUAGGCGUAUGACAUCCCACUGCAUUUUAUUGGACGAUGACUAUGUUCCCAAACUCUUCGACUUUUCAUUGUCCCUAACCAUUCCUCCUGACCAAUUGUAUGUUCAAGAAGAUUUCGCAACAGGGAGAAUGGGGUACCUGGACCCUACUUACGUAAAGUCUUGUCAAAUUUCCGAAAAAACUGAUGUUUAUUGCUUUGGUGUGAUUUUACUUAUAUUCUUGAUGCGACGACAAGCUGCGUAUUGGAAUGAUGCAGGAAAUGUGUGGGAAUACCUUACUAGAGAUCCAAAACUUAAUGUUUCUGAUGGACAGAUUCAAAUAGAGAUAAUUGCGGACCCUAAAAUCCUUGAGGAAGUCGGGGGAGAUGAGCAAGCACAACAGCAACUGCAGGAUUUCCUAGCACUGGCAUUGUUGUGCAUCCAAGAGGAAACUGAAGCGAGGCCAGAUAUGAUUGAUGUGGCCAAAGAACUUGUACGAAUUGACAAGUCUAUCUUGCCUUAGUUCAGUCUUUCACCUGUUAAAAGAGUCGAUGCUAAGCUCUCUGUAUUAGAACAAUAAUUAUCCUUAUGUAAUCAAAUUAUCUGAUUAUAAAUACUUAAUUAUGUGGAUUUCAACAAGCAAG